AUCCGCCGCUGCUCACCUGACCUGGGUCAGUCUCUCUCAUUCUCUCUCACUCAAUGCUCCACCAGCAAUCCGUCUGAAAAAGAAAAGACCCAGAAGAGAAAAAGAUCAGAAGCAAAGAGGAAAUGGACCUGAGCUUGGAUUUGGGUCUGGUUCAUAUCUCCAAAACAGUCGCCGAAUGUCUGAAAGAGGUCGCCAAAGUCAAGGAUGUUGGUCAGAAGCUGUCCAAGCUUGACGAUUACGUCAAUAGGUUGGAAGAUGAGCGCCGGAAGAUCGAGGUCUUCCGCCGAGAGCUCCCUCUCUGCAUGCUCCUCUUGAACGAUGCGAUUCUGAAAUUGAAGGGGGAAGCAUUGCGUUACAAGGAAUUGAACGAUCGAGCUGGUGUUGGUCAAGGAGAUGGAAUAGAAGAAGAAGAAGGGGAGAUGAUGAACAAGAAGAGCUGGAUGGAUUCUGUACAGCUAUGGAAAAUAGGAGAUUCCAAUCAGAUGGACUCCGUAUCAGAACCAAAGCAGCAGAGAAGUGAGGAAGAAGAUGAUCGAUCUACCUGUGAGAAUCCAAUUCAGCAGCUUCCCACCAGGGGAGGGGCAUUCAUGGCGUUUAAGCCAACUGUUGGAUGUGGAAGGAAGGAAGAGAAGGAAGUUGUUUCACAAGCUACCGAGCUGUCUCUUAUGACUCCAUCUCCUCCUGAAUUGGUUCUUGCUCCUAGUCGUGGCAGUAUUCAGCAAGUGAAGGUGCAGACCACUAAGCCACAGCCACCGGCAUCGCAGCUUCAGGCCAACAAGAAGCAAAGGCGGUGCUGGGAGCCUGAACUUCACAAGCACUUCAUGAAUGUUCUUGAUGAGCUGGGAGGACCUCAUGUGGCCACCCCCAAGCAGAUUAGAGAGCGGAUGCAAGUGGAAGGACUCACCAACGAUGAAGUCAAAAGCCAUUUGCAAAAAUACAGGCUUCAUAUCCGAAAGCAUACAACUCCUUCAGCUGGCCCGGCAAAUGGGUUGUGGACUCCCAAGUAUGAAGGCAACAACAGGGAUGACACUCCAAAGCCUAAAGUAUUACAGUCCAAUAUGGAAAGUGAAAGCAUGGGAGGUUUCUCUAGGUCCAGCAACGAAGGUGAAAGCAUGGAAGGAGGGGAUGAGAAAUCAGAGAGUCAUGACAGUUCGAAAGGAGGGACCGAGAAGGUGAACAAUGAAGGAAGAGAAAUCGAUGUAUGGAGGUGAAAGGCUCCCUUCUGAUCUCCCCCCCGUGACAUAGAUCAUGCAAGGUAGAUUAAAGGCGUCAAAGUAUUCUGUAUACAGCAAGGUGGAGAAUCAGCUUGUAAAGAUGAUAGAAAAGAUAGACAGACAAACACAAAUAGAAAGGGGGGAAAACAAGAAGCUGCUGCUCUUAAGUAAUUUGUUAAACUAGUCUACUUUUGCGGCUUAUGUAGUUUCAGAGAGUGAUGAUAGGGUUUGAGGGGGUUUUUUUUUUCUCUGCAGAAAACUGUUGUUAAGUUGUUAGCUCUAUGUAUGUCGUUGUUGUUUGUUGAUGAGGUUUUGAUGUAGCAAGAGUUUGCUGAAACUUGACUAAUUUUUGGGACUAUAACUAUGAUUUUCAAUUUCAGUCUGGUGAGAGUGGGUAUAUAUAUAUGCAAGUUAUUCCAUAUAUUCAUGAGUUCAUGCAGUGAGGAGGAAUCCCCUGGGCAAUCAUUUUGGAAGACGGGAAUCAUUUUGUUCAACACAUGUAUACACAUAUUAUAACACCAACUCCCAUUACCAGCCAACUAUUGAGAAGCAGCAAAAACAAUAGAAAGAUUCAUUGUAUUGUAUCUCAAGACCUGGCAAAUCAAUGUAUGCUAUUACA